AUGAUCAUCCGAUCGACAUCCUCUGUGAAAGCGUCGCGAAAGCCAGCAAAGCCAGUUGCAGAGAUAAUAUGCGCAGGCUGUGCAGUCUCGCGCGAAAGCGCUCAUACCAACGGAGAAUUGGACGAAUGGAUUUCUUGCAAUGGCUGUAAGAACUGGUUCCACGUUGACUGCGCUGGCUUUAAGAAGGCCCUCGAAGUUCGCGAUGUGGACAAAUACUUCUGCGCCACAUGUGAGCCAACUCAUGGGAAGACCACAUAUGUGAGGAAGAGCACACGCGCUCAUGCAUCCGUCGACUACGCUGAGUUGCAGCGAGGUGUACUGAAGACAAGCGAGGAGAGUGUCGAGCAUCACUACAUUCAGCCUAUCAAGGACGGCACUUUCCAAUUCGACCCGGAAACCUUCCCACGCAUGCGACCCGAGCUGAUUACUCGGGACUUUUUCGAGAGGAGCGGCACAUUCACGGAGCCGAUCUGCAUUCCUGCUGCUUGGAACCCGAGACCUUGGCUUAACAACCCUCGAUCGACGAAGAGCGCAGGCAACGCCCCACCGAGUAAAGACGACUCCACCGUGGUUGACGAUAUGAUGCCAGAAGACUACGAGUAUGAAGCUGUACCAGACGAUGGACAAGACAAGCUUGGUAUGAUCAUGCCGGAGGAACUCACGGUACGGCAGGUGUGCAACCUCGUCGGCGCAGAUACACCCCUCGACGUGAUUGAUGUCAAGACGCAAAAUUCAGGUUCGAAAUGGACUCUCGGCAGAUGGGCCGAUUACUACGAAGAGGGUGGCGACGACAAGCCGAUUCGGAAUGUGAUCUCUCUGGAAGUGUCGCAAACCAAGCUUGGACGGCUACUUCGUCGGCCAAAGGUCGUUCGAGACAUUGACUUGCAAGACGAGGUCUGGCCUCAAAAGGAGAUCGAUGCCGGGAAGUGGCCCAAAGUUCAAUACUACUGCUUGAUGUCGGUCGCAGACAGCUAUACCGACUUUCACAUCGACUUUGGCGGCAGCAGCGUAUACUACCACAUCUUGAAGGGCAAGAAGACAUUCUUCUUCAUUCCACCCAAGACGAAGCAUCUCAAAGCUUACGAGGAAUGGAACGACAGCCCGCAGCAGAACUACACUUUCUUACCGAGCAUCACCAAAGAGUGCUAUCGGGUCGAUCUGAGCGAAGGCGAUACCAUGCUCAUUCCAUCCGGCUGGAUCCACGCUGUCUGGACGCCGGAGACAAGUCUGGUUAUUGGCGGAAACUUCCUCACGCGCAUGUCAUUCAAGAAUCAGUUCAAGGUGGCGGAGAUUGAAAAGGCCAACGAGACGCCUAUGAAAUUCCGCUAUCCGUUCUUCCAGCGCCUCAUGUGGUAUACGGCGAUCCGAUACAUGGAUGAUGAUCCGAUGCCAGCAGAGGUGUCCAAACUGUUCCACGACGGCAAGCAAUUCGAGCGAGAGCUACCGACUUGGGCAGACUUUGACGGCGAUAUUGCGGCGAACGAUCCUCGACCUGGAGCAAAGAACACGCGCUACUACGGACAGAAUGAGCUGGACGGCCUUCCUGACCUCGUCAACUUCAUCUUCCGCACGGUGAUGAUGGUCAUGGGACGGGUUGAGGGCAUCACCGCAGAUCGCCAGAAGCGUGUCAACGCCAGUAUCCCCAAGGGCCACGGCCACGGCGAGCCGCUGGAGCUUGCCAGAACGUUUGCCUUGUGGGUCGCGUGGAAGCGUGGUAACGAGGAUCCUCCGACCUGGGCACAUCCUGACGGCGUACUUCCCAACAGCAAAGAAGAGGGACCUCCCAAAAAGCUCUCAGCGCGCGCAUUGAAAGAAAUGGAGCGUAAAGAAGCCAUUGCCGCUCAUCAUCAUCAAUUCACUGCACCACCACCACCGCCUCCUCGCGCCCAACGCACGCCUGCACCGUCCCAUCCGAUGACGACCAUGUCGCCUCCCGCGCCGGCCGUGGGAAUGCCGAUGAAUGCGAUGAUGAACGGCCUCCCGGGCGCGUAUCUCAGCACCCCGAAAACUUCUGUGCUCGGUCCCAAAAGGGUCGCAUGCGACACUUGCCGAAAGCGGCGAAUUCGAUGCAAACACAAGGACAUGGUCAUGCAGACUUCUCCUGAUGGAAGCACGUCGUUGCAAUACAUGUCGCCGGAAGCGCAGCAGCAAUUCGGCAUCCAUCACAUCUCACCUGAGCUGCACGAUAAUAUUACCGUCACGCCGCAGCGACCCAAUUAUGCUGUUGUGAGUGGGGAUCAAAAUGAUGUUCUGAUGGCAGAGCAAGAUGGGAAUCUAAUGUCUAACGAUGACCUUCAGGCGAUGCCGGGAACGAAUGCGUACAUCAACGCGAACAUUCCGAUGGCGAUGAACGGCGUGCCGAUGUUUGGAGAGUUCUCCAAACGUGGACGGAGCAAGGCUUGCUUCGAGUGUCGCAAGUCAAAGCGUCGGUGUGUGCACGACGAGCAGGGCAACGUCGACCCGACCAAGGCCAUGGAAAGCCCUGUGCCGAGAGCGUCGGCGAGUGCGAAGAAGCGGCCUGCCAAUGGAGACGCGAGUACGCCGGCGCAGCCAAAGAAGAAGAGGGUAUCGACGACGCCG